UCCUCUCACUCGCCAUAUUUUAAUCUGUCCGUGAAAGAGCUUGUGCUUGAUUUUGGCCCCGUGCAGAUCAAAAUAAGAUUAUUUGCUAUUAAUUUACAACAAAAAUAACCAUGUCCUGCGAAGAUGACGUCGCUAAAAUUCAGAAAAAACUCAAUAAAAUCGUGUCUGGAGAGAAAUCGGAUCAUCCGCUUGAGCUACUGAAAACCCUGCAAAAGCUGCCGGUCACCCUGGACAUAUUGACGAGAACCAGAAUAGGAAUGACAGUGAAUUCCCUCAGAAAGUCGAGCUCUGAUGAUGAUGUCAUCAGCAUGGCCAAAUCUCUCAUCAAAAGCUGGAAAAAAUUUCUCACUCCUGGAACUCCUUCUGGAAAAGACAAAGAGCCAAGUGGCGGAUCGGCGAAAAAGCCAAGCAGAGAGCCCGAGAGCAAGCCGUCGAAACCGGUAGUCAAAGAAGAGAAGAAGGAUAAAGCGCCCGUACAAACAUCAUUCCCGCCAGUUUCCGUAACCACUGACUCUGUGCGCCUUAAGUGCAGAGAAAUGCUAGCCAAUGCCAUAAGAGGCACUGGAGAAUAUCCUGAGGGAUGCCAAUCUGCGGAAAACCUAGCAGACGAGCUGGAGGACGCGAUUUAUAGUGAGAUGAAGAACACAGACAUGCGCUACAAGAACAGGGUGCGCAGCCGAGUCCAAAAUUUGAAAGACACAAAAAACCCUGAACUAAGAACCAAUUACAUUUGUGGUGCGAUCACAGCUCAAAAGCUGGCAGUCAUGACUUCGGAGGAAAUGGCUAGCAAUGAAAUGAAAAACCUCCGAGAAAAGUUCACGAAAGAGGCAAUCAAUGACGCCCAGUUGGCACAGGUGGAAGGUACAAAGACUGACCUGCUCAAGUGUGGAAAAUGUGGAAAGCGGAAUUGUACAUAUAACCAGAUGCAAACAAGAAGUGCUGAUGAGCCCAUGACCACGUUUGUCUUGUGUAAUGAGUGCGGCAACCGAUGGAAAUUCUGCUAAACAGGUACCUCAAUAUGUGAAAUUUGAUUCAAGUGGCAGAGAAUGUUUUCACUAGCAGUGGAUUUUUUUGUCUCCCAAUCAAAGAAUGGACCAAAUGAUUGAUGCAAGUGAACUAUGUUUUCGAACCCCAUUUUCUUUUUGUUAUUCUUAAUACAUGUACAUGCGUAGUAAUAAGUGUCGCAGGUCAGUUUUGUUCUCCAGAAUGAAAGAGAUUCUCCCCUUUUGUUACCAAAUGGCAAAACUUUUCAAAUCAAUAAAAACGCAGACGUAAAUCACAGGAAAGAAAUAA